AGAUUUUUCGGCUCCAACCAGCGAGACCGGCUGAUUCAGUGCUUUGCCAUGACGUGGUGGCCGGAGGGUGAGAAUGGUGAGUUCCACUGGCUGCCUGGGGCGGUGGUCUCACUCCUCGCGCUGGUGUUCUUCCUUCUGGGUCAGGUGUUCACCACCAGAGUGAGCAUCGAUGUGCUGGAGCACUGCAAUCCCGAGGGCCUGAAAGAAUCCUCCAAGAAUGUUUGGACCAACGUGGGCGUGACAUCAGCAUUGGUCUUGACCAUGGUGAUGGCCAUGUUGCAGCUGGAUCCCAUCGAUCCUCGGGGCUUCUCUUUGGAGGCCUACGAGAUUGUCCACCUGCACCAGUGGUAUGGUUGUUUCUGCCUCGCAUCGCUGCUGUGCAAUCUCCUGUGCAUCAUGAGCUGUGUGAUCAACCUGAGCUACGUGGAUCCUCUGUCCGACAUCGACGCCAUCAAGUACUUCCUGCGCCGGAUUGACUCCAUCGGUGAUCCUGUGAUGUUCAUGAUGGAGUCCUUCGUCUUCUUCUUGGCCGCCAUCUGCGUUUGGGUCCUGGGCACCUUCGGCCUGGUCAUGGGCAUCCUGAGCCUGGUCUGUUUGAUCGUCUUCGUCUAUACAGUGGGGAAGCUGUGGCAGAAGAACGCCCUCUUCUCGCCGGACGUCAACAUGGAGUGGACCCAGGACCCCGAGCUGUGGCAGCGCGAGGACAUCAUGAUGGGCCUCAAGAGGAGGAAGAACGACCCGGGGGUGGUCCAUUUCGUGAAGAGGUUUGGCCAGGUGGUCAUGAAGUCCGAACGCGAAGAGGACGGGAAGGAUGGGAAGGAUGCCUAAAAAGAUGCAGGACACGGCGCGCGACGGCGACCUGGUUCAUACCACCAUGUGACAGGUUGAAAUCAAGCCUGUCCAAGAUGGGUGAGCAGGAAGUGAGCGAGCUUGAUUCCUCGAAUAUCCCAAGUAAAGUUUGAAGAUGUUCCCCACCGAUCCCUGGAUCAGACGCCAACGCAGGCA